AUGAGUUUUACCCAGAUGGAACAUAAUGACAGAAAUAAACAUACACAGUCUCUUAAUAGAAGACUUCAAAGUGCGGUACGAUACGGAAAUUAUAAUUGGAAGAUGUCAUGUGGUUUUGACAAAUCGGCUCAAAAAACUGUGGUCUUGGAACGUAAAUCGACCUACCUAUUAUGCAGCUACAAAGAUGAAUUGCAAAAUGCUUGUCCAGCUGACAUCAAAGUACUGAAGCAUAACAUUCAGGAAGACUUAAAACCAAUAUAUGAAGAGAUGAAACCUAAGGAUCCCGACUUUAAAGAAUAUGAAGGAGAUCUACUAGGAGGUACAGUUCUUCAUAAAGUUGUCACUUGGGACAUACAUCCUAGCAAGUUGACGUUUGAACCACCAAAAGUGAAGAUUUGGAACGAGUACAGAAAACUGUUGGAAUUAUCAAAGUUAGAACCAAAACUGAAAGCUAGUUCCAAGCAACCAUUAACGCACGUGACAUCAUUACCAAAACUUCGUAUCGACAAGUAUAACUUCGUGUCACGUCCAUAUCUGAAGAAAAAAUCUAUAAUGAGAUCUAAAGUUGAAAAGAAAAUAUUGGUGGCAAACACGAAUUACGUCCAAUUUCGUAAUUUUGAACCGAAGAAGAUGUAUAAGAAAACAGUUGUACUGCAAAAUAUUAGCAACAUGCCAGCGAGAUUUCAAAUAAGAAGCAGACCGUAUCGUUCAAAGUUUCGGGUUAUAGUGCAGCCCAUAGUGGAGAACAGAGGCAUCAUUCCGCCAGGGAUGCAGGUGCGAUUGAUUAUUCUGUUCCGUUGCGACGACAUUGAUGCACCGGAAGAGGUAUUGGUGCUAAAUGUUCAAUAUGGAAGGCAGCUGAUCAUCCGAUUGCACGGAUACAAAGACCCUCCAAUUUUGUUGGGGACUUGCCUGAUCGAAGAACCAUCGUUCAGAUAUUUGAACAAAUGCGAGGAAUCAUUGUACCAAGCUUGGCAUCCAGAGAUAGCAACGUCAUUUGAUAAUUUGGAAUCUAUUACAUCAAGCUCUGAAAGCUUAUCUAGCUGUAUGACGGAAGACGAUGACUUCGUAAGCAUGACUUUCGACUGCAAGAAAGUUUUCAUAGGAGAAGAAGCUUAUGUGCCGAUAAAAUUCAAGAAUACCGGCGGUAAGGGUCGGUUUUUCAUGAUGAGCGAGACUGACUGGUUUUCUAUGAACAUCACGGAUAUCGCAGAAAAGAAUAUUUUAAAAUUAUCGUGCUUUACCGUGUGUCCCGCGUACUUUCAACUGGAUACAAACGAAGAAAUAGAUUUUCACAUGUACUUCUCACCAGAGUCCUACGGAAUUCACGUGGAGAAGUUGUACAUAUUAUGCGACAAUUGUACCCUACUGGCAACAGAGAUAAUCGGCGAUGGAUUAGUGUACGAACCAAAUUUCAUCCAGCUUAGUAAACAUUUGAAGAAAUUAAAACCGUUUGCGAAGCAUAUCGAUGGAAGAGCGAAUUAUUACGUAAAAUUGAGUACCAAUGCUCCUGACGGUAUCGGGCAAUGUAUCAUUGCUGUGGACAAUACCAGCAUGCAUUUCUCCUGGAUGAAAAGAAACGUGCAAGCCAACGUGGACAGAAUAACGAAAGAGAAUUACUUUCCCUUAGGACAGCUUCACAUCACACCGGACGAAGGAAUUUUCGCUCCAACUUCUGUCCACUAUUUCACCGUGACGGUAGAAUACAAAGAUCUAAGACCGAAUUACUAUUUUGCUAUUUUGCAGAGUUAGAAUCUCUUUUUAAAAGAAUAUUUCGCCGUCAGUCUGCAGACAUUUGGAUCGCCGAUGUAGAAGUUUGGUUGCAAUACAUGAUGGAGGAGGAAAGUAGAACGUGCGUUGGUUUUAACAUCAGUGAUCGAACAACGGAAGAGAUGUUGAAACGUAUCUUGGAAAUACCGCCCCACAUCCGAUAUCUUCAAUUAAGUUACGAAGAAGAAAGAGGAGGAGAAAAAGAAGAAGAGGAAGAAGUAGCAGAAGAAUUGGAAGUUAAAGAAGAACAUAGAUCAACGUGUCAACUAGUAGCAGAUGAAUUAUUCUAUCAUCAUGAUCUGAUGAACUUAAGGCAAUUCGAUCUGUUAUGGCAAGAGCAAGUAAUAAGCAUGGGCGUCAUUAGACCCACGAGGCUUGUAAUUUAUUUACAAAUAAUAACUCAUUCUUGUGACAGGACUCUGUACACCGGCGUUGAAGAAACAUAUGUUUUGAUGUUAAAGAAUCUCGCUAAUGGCUCUGUGAAUUAUUCAUGGGGUGAAACUAAUGGUUUAGAUUCCUCGAAGAUGAAACUUUGCGUAUGCCCAAUGAAAGGAGAAGUAAUGGCUGGAAACAGCCAAAAGAUUGAGAUAACCAUCACACCGAUAACAGAGGGGAUCGUGGAAUCGUUAUUUAUACCAUGUUUUGUGGGAGAUUCGCGAAAAAUGUUAAUGCUGGGCAUCGAAUGUUCUAUUGAACCACUUUAUGUAACAUUCUAUUUUCCACUAAACGACGAUACGCCAUUAGAGUUCAAGAAUAAUUUCGUUAAAGUCGAGUGGCGAGUAGAUAGUCUUCAAUUCGCUUUGGAUAUGGCAGGAAGAUCUAAGAAAUACAUGAAAUUAUUGAACAAGUACAAAAAACGGGAGGAACGAGAAUUAAUGAACACAAACUUGGAUCAAGGGGAUGUUCUUAAAGAUGCUUCAGCAGGCCCAUCGAUACAAGAAAUGGCGGUUGAAGAAUCGGGCGAGCAAUUCUUCCCAAAUACUUGUACUUCAGAGAUAAUUCAAAUGAGUAAUGUAAUGGAAAGUAACAACUGUUUGCAAGAUAUGGUUUCCUCUGGAAGUGUCCUCGUACCAUUUUAUGAAAAAUUCCUACCACUGGUUACGCAAUCUGUUGUAAUAGAAUUUUCAAAUGUAUCCUUAAGAACAGUACAAAAGAAAACUUUUAUUAUAAAAAACGAGACUUUGAUUCCAACUUAUUUUUGGCUUCGCAUAAAGAAUUUUUAUCCUAUCACGUGUUCGUGUGAAUGGAAGUCGCAAGAAGAUCAGAUCAAAUUCAUUUAUAAACGAAUUUUCAAUCGACAGAAACGAUUGAUAGAAGAUACACUGCAUAGAGUAAAACAACCUGGAUCAGGCAUAGUAAUUUAUGUUGAUCCCUUGAACUCAGAUAUUGGCCCUUUUAAAGCCAUACCUGUAGAUAUUUAUAUUUUUGCCGAUACAUGGGGUAUCUAUGUGGAUGAAUUAGAAAUAAACAUUACUGGUCUACCACAAUAUACUAUAGGGAUAUGUGUGCAAGUUGUUGGAUCACCAAUUUCAUUAUCAAUUUCUGACACGAAUAAAUUUAAUGUACCUGUUAUCAGGUAUGGAACGGUAUCUACAGGUAUUCAUCUGCAGGAGAGAAAAAUAUUGCUGACAAAUACAAGUACAGUGCCUAUAAUCAUUGAUUGGCAUACAUUUAUAGUAAAACCAGUUUUAGAAUCAAUGCCUUUUAACAUAGCAUUUAACUUUCAUACUCCAUUUACUGAUGAACUGGCAUUGAAAAUGAGAACUAAUAAACAAAAGGCUGAUAGCGAAAUACAUUUAGAAGAACAUUUUUUAUCCUCAAGAGGCACACAUGCAUGUAAUUCUAUUGAAUUUAGUGCCAUUAGUGACAUUACAACGUCUAGUUACAUGGAAUCUUCACAUAUGACCACAUCCUGGAUGCACAAUAGUGAAACUUCAAAUCAGUAUACUACCAGAAGCUUUAAUGAAUGUUCAAAAAAUGAUCACAAAUAUAUAGAAAAUAAAAUAUGUUCGCAUACAAGUAAUAUAGAAGAAAAAAGAUACAUCGAAUUACAAAUUUCAAUACUUCCAUACUAUGGUUUAAUCGAUUCAAAAAUAUGCACAGUUACUCCUACGGAAAUGUUUAUUCCGCCUAAAAGCAAUGCCUCUCUUUUUAUUGAUAUACAACUUGAAAAGUACAAGACUAUGAUAAAUAAAAGUAUUGAAGGAGAAUUUGUUUGUAAAAUUCUUGGAUUUAUACGAAUUGCUCCAAGUGAUAUGUACAAAGAUAAUUAUUAUGCGAGGCAGAGUGGUAAUUAUUUUUCCCCUAUAGAAAUUGAUGUUACUGCAAAUAUUACAAAACCUCAUCUAGAUUUUCAUAUUUCUAAAUUUGAUAAAACAUUUGUAUGUUGUGCUAGUAAAGUAAUGCAAACUCAGAGGAAAAGACUAGAGCUAACCAAAACAUUAUUCCUAUAUAACACUAACAACCAAUCAAUAAAGAUAACAUUAGAAACAUAUGAACCAUUUCAUAUUAAAUCUAUAUCAGUUUAUACGGAAACAGACCUGUAUAACUCUGGAAUUAUAUGCAUAAAUCCAAAUGGAUGUGUUGAGGUAGAAAUAGCAUGUGUUGUAAAAGAGAAAUUAAUUCAAACUAUAAUGAAUACAAGUUCAAGUCGAAACUUGAAUGAUACAAAGAUCAUAGUGAAAGAGUUAUUACAUAUUGUACAUUCUGAUAAACAUCAUCAAAACAUAGAGUUAAUUUUGGAAAUAUGGUUGCCAAUAUUAAAAUUAUCAUCAUAUACAUUGGAUUUUGGUGUUGUAUAUAUAGGUGAUACGAAGAAACUAACAUUAACUAUCAAAAACUUAUCAAUAUGCAGGUUAACCUGUAGAAUAAAUAAAAAGACCAACGUUGAGGAAUUUAUGAUUGAUAAAGAACAUGGCACACUGUCAAGUCAUUGUAACCAUGAAGACUGGUACUUCACAGUUACAAUAUCUUUUCAACCAAGAAAACCGGAGCAAUUAGUUGAAACAUUAGAAAUACUAACAGGUGUCCCAUACAUUACAGAAGAAUGUCAACUUUAUGGGGAAGGAACAUUAGAUGAAAAAUAUCAUACUCCAGGCAUAUAAAAGAGCAAAUAACGACAUGUCUACUUGAAAAUUGUAAAAUCCAUUGAGGCAAAAUAAAAGAAAAUUUACAAAAACGAACUAAAAUGCGAUAUAGCAUUAUUAACAAGAAUGGUGCUCUAUUGAAUGGCAAUAAAUGCGGAAAAUAGAAUAUAAAUGUUCAUACCAACAAUACAAUUCCAGGACGUUACAUAAAGCGUAAUACAACAGCAAAAUCGAGACGUUUAAAACUGAAAACAUACUAAAACAAAAAAAAAAAAAAAGAA